AUGGCGUUGAGACCCAUAGAUAAUGCACUUCCGAUUACUCCAGAGAGACCCAAGAAACAAGCCAAAGUGUCGGUUCCAGUCCAGAAAAAACCAUCAGAGUUUGGUGUGAAUGACGAGAACAAGGCUCCUUUGCCACCGUCUGCUGAUGCAUCCGUUGAUUACAUCCCUUCCGAGAAUCUCAAACCCUUUCAAGACCCUGAAUCCUUCAUCCAAAGCUUAAUUGAAGGGUUAGAUUCAAAGGAUUGGGUGAAGCUCUGUGAGUCGCUUAAUGACGCUAGGCGUUUCUCUUUAUAUCACUCCAACCUACUGCUUCCAAUCUUAGAAAAGGUAAUCUUGGUAGUGGUAAAGGCAAUGAAGAACCCGAGAAGUGCUCUGUGCAAGACCUCGAUUAUGGCUGCUUCAGAUAUCUUCAAUGCCUUUGAUGAAAAGUUGCUUGAUUCCACUGAUUCUGGUGCAUUUGAUCAGUUGUUGUUGCAGCUGUUACUUAAAGCUUCCCAGGACAAGAAGUUUGUGUGUGAAGAAGCAGAUAGGUCGCUGAAUGCAAUGGUUAAGUCUAUGGCUCCUUUGCCACUGCUUCAGAAGCUUCGCGGAUAUGUUAACCAUGGCAACCUUAGAGUCAGAGCCAAAGCUGCUGUUUCCAUUUCCAAUUCUGUUCUCAAGAUGGGGCUGGAAGAAAUCAAAGAGUUUGGGAUGGUUACACUGCUUCAAAUGGCUGCGGAUUUGCUGAAUGAUAGACUGCCAGAGGCCAGAGAAGCUGCGAGAAGUAUUGUAUUUUCUUUAUACAAGGCAUUUAGAGAAAAUGAAGAGGAGAUUGAGGAGGAGGCUUGGCAAAGCUUUUGCCAGACAAAUUUACCACCCAAUCACGCUCAGUCCAUGGUCAAAGUUACUCUUUCCAGUAGAGUUUAGAGUAACAGUUUUAGCAACAGCAUAGGUGGUGGAAAAGUAGGAGUUUUUGAACUUCUGUUUCAUGUAAAUGCUGUUUUUACAUGAUUUAGCAAUAUCUAUUUUCUUUCCUUUUUUUUUAAUGAUGGAAUAACACAUUUUCAGUUUAUCUUCUUUAUUUUUUAA